UGAAGAUGAUGACGAUGGUGGUGACUGCUGCGUCCUGUUUAACUGCAUCUCUCUCAUUAUAACCGCUGUUUUAUCCACCAACAUGAAGUCUACUUCUUAAAUACACACAUCUCCACUCUACUGGACCUGUGGAAUCAUUCAUCCUGGAGAGAAGAAGCAUUAGCAACAUGUUCAGCACUAAAAGACUGAAGAAGAAGUCCCAGUCAGUGGACGUCCCGUCUCCAGGCUUCACCAGUCUGAUCCCGGGUCUGUCCAUAAACAGGUCGUCUCCACCUGUUACCAAAUCGACAACCAUCGAGGUUCAGGAAAACAACACGGCUAAUUCCCAGCGGCGCGGCCCACGAUGCAGCGAGUUGAAGAGAGGAUACACAAUAGAUACCGGUCAGAAGAAGACGCCUGACAAAAAGGAUGGACGCCGUAUGUCCUUCCAGCGACCCAAGGGGACCAUCGAGUAUUCCGUGGAAUCGCGGGACACGCUGAACAGCAUUGCGCUGAAGUUUGACACCACCCCUAAUGAACUGGUUCAGCUCAACAAGCUCUUCUCCAGAGCCGUCGUUCCUGGACAGGUUCUUUACGUUCCUGAUCCAGAAUAUGUGUCGAGUGCUGGCAGCUCCCCCUCCCUCAGCCCCAUCAGCCCCCUGUCCCCCACCUCCUCCGAGGCCGAACUAGAAAAGGACUCUGAUGGAGCUCCUCGUUCAGACGCCCCCGUCUCAGCACCUCCGGUCUUCUCGGCCCUGCGGCACUCCCGUGUUGUCUCCUCUACAUCAGAGGAAGAGGAAGCACUCACCGAAAAGUUCCUCAAAAUCAACUGCAAGUACAUCACAGACGGCAAGGGGGCAGUAAGUGGAGUGUUGCUGGUGACACCCAACAAUAUUAUGUUCGACCCACACCGGUCAGACCCACUGGUGCAGGAGCGUGGCUGUGAGGAGUACGGAAUCAUGUGCCCGUUGGAGGAGGUGCAGUCUGCAGCCGUGUACCGGGAGAUCACCGACUUCAAGAUCCGCGAGUCUCUGCCCUUAGACAUGGACGCAUGGCUCUCAGGACCAGCCCAUCAAGCAGAGCUGCGUCUGCGAGAGGCGCAUGAUAGCAGUAGCACUGCCCCACGCAGCACAGACGCCUCGCUCUCUGAAGACGUAUUUACCGAACCCGAGCUCUCACCUAUCCGGGAGGAGCAGCCUUCCACCCACCAGCUCCAGAACGAUGAUAAGUCUUCUUCAGAAUCCAUCCACACAAUCAGGCAUGAACCAGAGGGAGAGGAAGACCCCAAACCUGAGGAGGAAAAGCAGACAGAGAGGGAGGGAGGAGAACAGCCAGCCAGCAGCUUAGACGAGCCCAACAACCAGGAACAAGCAAGCACAAUGACAAACAACCAGCAGCAGGAAACACCCGAGUCUCAGCCACAGCCCCAAACCUCACAAAGGUCCACUGCCAGGGUCACGCAGGGUACAGGUCAGGAACCCAACCCAGACGUGACUAAACUCAGCCAAAAGGGCAAGAGGGACUCUGAGUCAGAUGUGGAGGAGUUGAGGAAGAUGUGGAAGUUUCACACUAUGCAACAGGCCAAGGAACAGAGAGAAAACGUACAGCACACACAGCAGGAGAGGGAGAACAUCUCAGGCCGGGGCGUGCAGAGGCUCGGAUCUGCAGAGGGUGUGGCUGCAACCAGAGAGAGACGGAUGUCCAGAUCCCAUAAGUUUCUGUGCCUGCGGGUGGGCAAGGCCAUGAAGAAGACGUUUCUGUCCAACGCUAGUGCCUCCAUGCAGCAAUAUGCCCAGCGGGAUCGCAAGCAUGAGUACUGGUUUUCUGUACCCCAGGAGAGGUCAGACCACCUGUACUUGUUCUUUAUCCAGUGGAGCCCUGAGACAUUUGGCGAUGGCAUGGGGAGCGUCAGUCGUGAGCCAGGAUUCAUGGUGGUGAAGAAAAUCGAUGAGCCGGAAGCCGACAUCGAGCAGAAGACGUCAGACUCCUCAGCCAAGGAGUGGGAGGUAAUCUCACUGACCGAACACCACUGCCGGAUCGAUGUGCUAAACACUGAAGAGCUGCGCGCCCUUUGCAAGCGGCUUCAGAUCACCACUAAGGAGGAGGUGAACUCCAAACAUAGUACAUCCAUCACAGCCAACCUGGAGCUCGAGACCUUUAAACCCAACCUGAGUGAACCCAGCGACCUCCUGGAGGCUGACCAGGUCGAAAAGCUGGCAAAGAAGCUCCCGCCUAGAACCAUUGGCUAUCCAUGGACUUUAUCCUUCAGCACUGCCAAACAUGGCAUGAGUAUUAAGACGCUGUACCGAAUCAUGCAGGGCCAGGACUCGCCUGUUCUUCUCGUCAUUAAGGACAGCGAUGGCAAGAUAUUUGGUGCAUUAGCAUCCGAGCCCUUUAAAGUCAGCGAUGGAUUCUACGGCACAGGAGAAACUUUUCUCUUUACCUUCCAUCCUGAAUUUCAGGCAUACAAAUGGACAGGUGAUAACAUGUUCUUUAUUAAGGGAGACAUGGACUCACUAGCAUUCGGCGGAGGAAGUGGUGAAUUUGGUCUGUGGCUGGAUGGAGAUCUGUACCACGGCAGGAGUCACUCGUGUAAAACCUUUGGGAAUCCCAUGCUCUCCAUGAAGGAGGACUUUUACGUGCAGGACAUCGAGAUCUGGUCGUUCGAGUAGGCUGCUCUGUGUCAGCGAGGUUGAGAGAACGAGAGCGGUGGCUGCAGAUGAACAGAAAGAGAAAGCCGACCGGAUGUCCCUGUGCUGGCAGUGUCCCAAACCUUAAUGCGCAUCAUUUUGGCUCCCAGGAAGCCUGUUAAGAAGAAGCAUAACCUCUCUGCCCUCGUCAUAUGUCUCUCAAAGGUUUAAUACACAGCUUCCCUCCCCUCUCUCUCAUUGUGCCGAAUGUGCUUCGUUCCAAACUUACUGGUACAGGGUGUUUCAGCGAGCAAACAAAAAGCACCGUGACGCACCGUGACAAUCAUAAGGAAGUGUUUGAAUAUGAAUAUGAGGAUCAUCAAAGCAUUCUUUACUCACAGUGUAAAGACGCUUGCGAAGGUUUGGGACGAGACAGAAAUGCUUCAGACCCGAACCAGGGGCUGUGAUCCACCUUCAGUUAAAGUGUGGAUGAUUCUAAUGCAAUGCCGGAUGAUGAAAAGUGGAGUGACUACAAACACAUUCCUGAGAGGUAACAAUGGUGAUUUAGGUAAUACGUGCAGAGAGUCGAAACAGCCAGUGUACAUCUGGGUUCUAAAGCGAAUUAUUUAAGUGUUGUGAAUUUGUAGUCUUUCUGUCGUUCACUGUCAUAGAUUCACCAAGUCAAAGCACACCUCCCCUAAUCCAGGGGGAGAAAAAAUCCCAUUGUUGUAGCGUUCUGUUCAGUGGGCGUGUGUGUGUGUGAGUUCGGCUUCGUCCGUGUGUGGAGGGUCGUGUGUACUGUUCGUAGACAGUAAUGUGUCGCAAUAGAUUUUUUGUGGAAUAUGCAAAUUACUGUUCUUGUUAACCUCAGUAAUCCAGAUGGGCUGUUUUGUCCCGUCGCUCUUUCAAGCAAACUUUUAAAAGCUUUUACGUCUCGAAAGAAAAAAAAAAUGCUUUUCAGGGUGUCAUUUGAAAAGCCGGCGAUGUGGUUUAAUCGUUUUUCAUAAAUAUAAUGACAAUUAUAUAUAUUUAUGUAUAUAAUUCUAUAUAACAAAUUCUAUAUAUAUAUAUAUAUAUUAUGAUAUAUUGCUGUUGUGUGACAGUGAUAAUUUCCGUGCUGAUUUCUCAGCUGUUACCAAUAUAAUGUACAGUUAAAUGACCCUGUAAAUGAAUGUUAAAUGAGUAGAUUUGUUCCUCUAUAUAUGGGAAUAUGUAGAGGUCUAUAAUAAUUAUAUAUACAGUGUGGAUUGGUGGGUUGCUUCUAGCACUUUAAUCUAGUUUAAAGCCAGAUUCUUUAGGCUUCAUUAGCAGUAGCUGUACAGUCUAUUUUUUUCUUUGUGUGUUUAGAGAUGAUACAGAUGUUUAUGAAGAUGUUUAUAUGAAAGAAAGGUCGGAUGGAGAAGGAAAACGUCACUGUGGUGUAGACUUUUCCUCUCACGUGUCCCUUCGCGAUGCUGUCCUUGUCGAUUUGUAGAGAUUCCUUGUUCACAGGACUGAGGAGGAUGAGGAAUAGCACAUAAUCGCCAGAUCUGUUCCUCUUUAUUCUUUCCACAUGGACGGGCUUGUUCUUGUCGAGUCAAAUCAGGUCCAGCGUGAGCAGAUAAUCUAGAUAAUUCACUGAAAUACUAUGUAAUAGUGAUGUAAAAAUAAAUUACCUAUAAAUAAAAUUAUUGUAACCUGAAA